ACGGUGCUGCUGCUCUUCUGCUGCGCCACGCUCACCAUUCUCUACAACGUCUCCCAAUGGUGCCAUUAUAUUCUGAGAAUCUCAUUCUUCUACUUGUGCAUAUUUCUUCAUGGCAUCGAAUGCAAUAUCACGAUGAUCCCCUCCUGGAUUGCCGGUAAUGGAGGCGAUCUCAUUUUCCAUACGUUCAAAUAUUGGACGCUUUGGACGGGAAUAAAUGUGGAUGUGCGUGGCUUCGAGGAAAAUCUUGAAAAAAUUCCCGACUGUGCUGUGGUCAUCUGCAAUCAUCAGAGCGCUCUGGACGUAGUGUCAAUGACUCGAGUAUGGCCACCACGUGGAACCGUAAUGAUGAAAGAAUCUCUUAAAUACAUACCCUUUUUCAAUCUGACCAGUAUUUUUGCAAACGCAAUUUUUGUGAAGCGGUUCAAACGCGGCCGGGUGUCCGAUACUAUUGAACGAUGCGUGAAACAAAUGAAGAAGUUCAACUUGAAGAUCUGGAUUUUCCCCGAAGGAACACGAAAUCAUGCUGAUGGCAUGCUACCGUUCAAAAAAGGAGCAUUCAACAUUGCUGUUCGGGGUGGAUUCCCGAUUGUACCGAUUGUUCUGUCAAAUUACCGUCCAUUCUACUCGAAAAUUGAUCAUUACUUUAUGUCUGACGGCGAGGUGAUCGCACAAGUGCUCAGUCCGAUAAGCACCAAAGGGCUAACAGAGGAGGAUGUUCCUAAACUUUCGGAAAAAGUUCGGUCUAUGAUGCUAGACGUCUACUACGACAUCAGCAAGGAGGCCGCAGAAAAGAUGAGAAGGAAACGACAGCAGUCCUGA